UUGUCUUGAGCUAGUUGUAGCUUCUGAUUGUCUAGGGUUGUCAUGCUCACUAACUGUUGUGAUGCUCAUAGUCUGAUUCAAGUGAAUGAGUGUGGCAGCUUUAAGCAUGAAUAUAGAUCUUUAGAGUAGGGUAGCUAUGGAAUGGAUGGGGUAAGAUCUGCCCAUACAUCCUUAUCAUUUGUGAAAGCUCAACCUGAAAGGAGACUUGCAACAAGACUGACAGGCACUGACAUUGGGAGGGUGGGGCCAACUCAAAGAUCCUCCAAGGGGAGAAUAAGUGAUGACUCGUGCAGCUCAACCUUUACCUGUACAAGAUGAUCAAGAACUUGUGAUACGGUGCCUCACUGCGAGGUUCUCCCUGACUCACCAGCUCAUAACUUCACCUCUCACCGGCAAUGGGAUAGGCUUAUUUCACAUGUUUCAUUGAGGAAAUGAGGCAAACAUGACAUUCGAUACAAUCCGUCAUAUCUCCAAACUCCCGGACAAGAUUCUCCUCAAGAUCUUCUCCUAUAUCCCUCACAAGGAACUCUGCAAGAUAGCCACCGUCUGCAAGAAAUGGCGUCUGAUGGCUUACGACAGUCGACUCUGGCAGGUUGUCUCCCUCCGCCCAGACUUCUCCGGUCUCCACGUGAGCUCCAUCGAAGCCCUCCUUGCUCUCAUUAGUGUUCGCUUUGGUCACACGCUGCGCUACAUCGAGCUUCCAAGUGAACUUGUCACGCCUCCUGUAGUCCAUGAGCUCGCCAACAAGUGUCCCAACCUCAAGUACAUCACUUUGGAUUUCUCUAACGCGAUGCAGCUUCAUGACUUCAACGAUCUCAAUGCUUUCCCAUGCAAUUUGAAGAGUAUGUGUAUCUGCUUGUCGGAGGUCAUCUUCAUGGAGGGCUUCAUGCGGAGGAUCUACAGCUGUCUCUCUUCCCUUCAAGUUUUACAUCUCAUUGGCACCUUCGAGCUCUCCAAUGACGAGGAAGAAGAGAUCUACGAGGUGAUCAACAUUAGCAAGAUCAAGGCUCACACGCCCAACCUCCGCGUGGUCAACCUGUAUGGCAUCAGCUUUGUAGAUGACUCGCACGUCGAGCUCCUGUCGAGCAACUGCAUCCAUCUCGAGUGUCUGGCGUUGAACUUCUGUCUGCGAGUAAAGGGGGCAUCGCUCAAGGUUGUUCUGCAGAAGUGUAGGAAGCUGAGGAGUUUGUUGCUACAACAUACCUCAAUCGAGGACCAGAACAUGAUGGACAUUGAAUGGGAGAAGACUGUUGUUGAUGAGCUCGACAUCACGUCCACCGAACUCUCCACCGACUGUCUUGACAACAUUCUCAACAGAAUGAAUGGAUUCCGUUACCUUGGCGUAGGACAUUGUGAUUUCUUUGUUGAUAAGGUUUUGGAGAAACUGAUGCAGAAAGAACUCUUUACAAACCUGGAAGCGAUUGAUAUAGGAUACACGACGAUGCUGUCGGAAGUGAUGAUCAACCGCUUCCUGAGGAAACACGGCCCACAACUCCGCGGCUUCGUGGUCAAUGGAAAAUCAAAACUGACUGAGCAGUUCUGGGUGACGGCAAUCCCUCAGCUCAAGCAGGCAAGGACGCUGGUCCUUGGCACGGCCGACGGCUGGUUCCUCAAACUCUCAAGCAAGGUCCACAUUGAUCAGAUCAUUGAAGAGUUUGCCAAGAACUGUCCGUUCCUGGAGCGCCUUGAGAUUCAGUGGGAUCCACAAACGAUCAGAUACAGUGACAAGAGCAGCAAAUUCAUUGACCAUCUCAGAUUGCGCUGCCCCCACCUCAAAUCUCUGACACUAAGCGACGGCGAAUAUUACGAGAUGGCCAAGUCAAAUUUUGAGCGUGCCGACCGCAGCAAGGUUGUGCGUACCACUACUAACUACCAGACGAGUCUAGUCAGCCUCCUUCGUGACUACAACGACCUGCUGUUCAAUUGAACCGUCCCACACAAUAGGAUCAAUGCUGUACAGUUGGUGCCUUUGUAAACAAGUCCAUAUCGCACAUACCGUAGAUAUGAAGGAAAACUGUGAAAUAUGCUGAUAUGACAAACGUUGAGGACUAUCUGUACAAUAAUUGUUCUUCCAUUCAGUUUUUAUAGUAUUGAUGAUGUUUGAUUUAACUGGUCUUCCUAGGAGUGAUGAGUAUAGUGAAUUGGUGCUGUAUAUACUUUUGUUAAAACCUGACUCCAUCUAUGGUGCUCUUCACAAUUUAGUACUUUGACUGUUGUUGCAUUUACAUGUAGCAGUGGUUCCACUGUACCUUUAUAUUGAGGACUGGUACUAAUGUACAUAAACCUGUGUGUAAUUUAUUUCUACAUUUGAAGCAAUGUAAACUUGAAAGAUUUGAACCUGAAUAUGAAAGUUACCAUAAAAC